AAGUUAUCUCAGACAGUGCAGCAAAGCGAGAGGAAGAGAGCUGAAAUAGGAUUCUCUGUGGUUAGCACUUGUAAUAUCAAGCAGCUGCAUGCUGACAUGGUUAGAUUAACCACUCUGCCACAAUACAACGGCUGCACUACAGAGCCUCUGUGUGAUCUUCCAGAAUGGACGAAGGCACAACUACUGUAGACUAUUUCUACAUUUCUGACGGAAACUACAGUUACAAUUUUUCGUUUUAUGAUCUCCAGGAAGAGUGUGAAAAACCCCUUAAUGGCUCAGAGUAUUUUUUGCCUACAAUUUAUUUCCUGAUAUUUUUCACAGGAUUUGUGGGCAACCUCCUUGUGAUCCUAGUGGUGGGAAACAAGAAGAGAGGUGGUCGUCUCGUGGACACCUUUGUUGUCAACUUGGCCCUGGCUGACCUUAUCUUUGUCCUCACGCUGCCACUGUGGGCCAUUUCUGCAAUGCAGAAAAAUUACUGGAACUUUGGGCUAUUUAGCGACUUUCUCUGCAAGAUGAGCAGCUACAUAAUUGCUGUGAACCGCUUCUCCAAUAUCUUCUUCCUUACUUGCAUGAGUGUUGAUCGCUACCUGGCUGUUGUGAAGCUGAUGGAUUCAAGGUACCUCAGGAGUAGUUUGUGCAUUCGUGCCACUUGUCUUGCAGUGUGGGCAAGCUCCCUGGUGCUUGGCAUCCCAUCUCUGGUGUACCGGAAAGUAGACGAAGAUGAAAAUAUCUGUACAGAGGAUCAAAGUUCACUUUUUUUUCUUGGAAUGAGCCUGGUCAUGGCCUUACUCACCUUUGUCUUCCCGGUGUUUAUCAUUGUCCUCUGCUAUGGCACCAUCAUCAUGCACCUCAACAAGCACUGCGCUGCUGCGGGAAAUCCUCGAGCUGAAGCGCGCCGCAAGCACUCCCUGAAGAUGGUCCUCUGCAUCAUAGUGGCCUUUGUGGUGUCCUGGCUCCCCUACAAUGUUUUUAAAUCCAUCACAGUUAUUUUACGUCUCACAGGUGUUAAAGCCAGCUGUCAAGUUCACUCACAACUUAAAAACGGGCUCAUCAUCUCCUGCUGCCUGGCAUUCCUCAACAGCUGCGUGAACCCAGCCAUUUACUUUUUCUUGGACCAUCACUUCAGACGACGCGCCGAGAUGAUGUACAAAACCUGCUUGGGAAAGCCAAAGAUGCUGCAGAGCUUCAACUCUUCAGCUUCAUUCACCAACGGCUACACUUCAGACAGCAAUGGAACAACUGGUGGGAGAAGUCAAAUUCAAAUGGUUUAGUAGGAGGAAGAUUGUUCUCGUGAACUCUGGAGGUGUUAAAGUAAUAAUGUUACUGCCACCCUUAAGAUCAAUUUAACAUCUCGUUUGUACAUCAUUAUAUGUUUUGGGUUUUGAUUUUGUUAGUACUAUACUGGCCUUUUAUUGCAUUGUAACAUAUUAAGCAUGCACAUGUUACUUGGAAAAGUGUGAUAUAGAUUUUUCUUAAAUUGCAGUUUUCCCAUGAUAUCUGCUUUGUAUGAAAUUUAUUAAUAUUGUAAAUAUUUAGCAUUAAUAGACAAUACCCUACAGUUGCAUUAAUUUAGAAAUGUAAAUAACAUUUAACAUUUGUAGCUGAACAGAUAAUUUGUAAAAGUGGAAAAUGAAUAUCAAAAAAUAUUCUGUGUCUUCUGUGUAUAACUUUUAUCACUAUUAUAAUUGUUUUGUAUAUUUGCAUAAUAUGGUUGCAGUUAAUAAAUGGAAUCUGAUAAAAAUGUUGUGGGACGUAA